AUGGAUGAAGAAUCAAUAUAAUUAAUAAUAGAUUACAUUCUAGGAUUAAGUGAUAUAUUUGAUUUCGAUACAGAUAGACUAUAUAAAUUGAAAUGUAAAUAAAACAAAGACUCUAAUAAAUUAUCAUUUAAACCAAAAAGUAAAUUCAUUAAUCAAAUCUCUACAGAAUUAAAUAAUUUAUUAAGUGUUAAAUUUGAUCAUAUGAGAGAUUAAUAAAAACAACAAAAUGAUGCCAUUAUGUAUAAAUUUAAUACAUAAGAAUAUACUUUCUAACAGCUUACUUAAUAAAUUAAAAAUAAACCAACCCAAGAAGAUUUAUAUGAUAUUUAAAUUGAAAUACGUUAAUUAAAAAGAGAACAUCAAGAUGAUAAUAAUAAAAUCUAAAAUCAAAUCAACAAUUAAUUUACAACAAUUUAACAAACACUUAAUUCUUAUAUAAAUACUUAAGAUUUUAAUUUACUCUUUGAAGAAUAAAUAAGUGACCAUAUGUCUUAAUUCUAAGCUAAGUUUGCCCCUAAAGAUCUAACUUUUUAAUAAUUAGAUCUCUUAGAUUGUAGAUUUCAUCAUGUGAGUGAAUAACUAAUUGAACUUAAACGAUACACCAAUACUAAUAUAAAUGCAGUAAUUAACAAAUAAGAUGUAUUGAGUAAUUGAUAACUUUCCCUUUAGUUCAUUCUCUCAGAUUUAACUACUACUGUGAAAUUACAUGAAUUUAAUGAAUUUAUUGAAAAAUCCAAAUCAUUUACAACCCAAUCACAACUUUCAUCAUUGUAGAAUCUCAUCUUACCAAAAUUGAAAGAAGUAUCAGACAUAGUUGAUAACAAUAUAAAUGAUAUUGAAGGAUUCCGUAAAAUAAUCAAAGCAACAGAUUAUGAAUUAUUACAAAAGUCAACUAAAAUGGACUUUUUAAUAUUAAAAUAAAAAAAUGAAGAAAAUUAACUAUAAUCAUAAAACAUAUUACUUUAAAUCUAAGAAAUAUCAAAAUAGAUUAAUAAAGUCUAUCAAUAUUAUGAUGAAUAAAGAUUAUUAAUGGGUAAAUAAUUAACAGAAUAAAUUAUAUGUAAAAUAGAAGAAACUAUUAAACUAAAUGUUAAUUAAUAAAUGGAAGUUUAUAAUCUUUAAGAUGUUGCUUAAUAAAUAGAUUGUAUUUAAGAUUUUCUAAAAAUUAAGGCUAAUAAAAUUGAUGUUUUAGAUGCCUUAAAAUUAAAAUCAAAUUAAAGAGAAUUCUUGAUUCUUGAAGAUUAAAUCAAUGUUAUGAAUUAGACUAUUAAAUCUUAAAUGAGAAUAUAAGCAGAAUUUAUGGAAUUAUUUGGAAUUAAUACAGAUAAUGAAUCUAUUAAUUUUAAAAAGAAUGCAAUUUAAAAAUUAAUCUUUGAUGCCAAAUCCCUUAAGAAUAGUUUCUAAUAAAUUCAUUAACCUACUGGAAUUGAAGAUGUACCAAUUACAACUAGAUAAAGUACAACCAAAAAAAAAUUUAGUACAUCUCCUAAAAGUAAUGGAGUCAAACUAUUACUAAGACCCUUAUUAUCCAACACAUUUUCUGUUCAAUAAGCAAAAAGAAAUAAAAUGAAUGCUUCAAUGAUAUCAUGA